AGCGCUUUAAAUCGGGCAGCGGAGAUUGUACAGACUAGAGACAGGUUCUUCUUUCACCUAGAAGUGGUGCAACAUUCAGCCGAUUAGUUUUACUGCUCCCGAGCUGAACAAUUCGAAUCCUCGUCCGCGUUUUCUUCCGAGACUUUGUUGGCUAAGUUUAAAGCAGGAUGGGUGACUGGAGUUUCCUGGCAAAAGUACUGACUAAAGCGCAGUCUUACUUGACUCCAGGAGGUAAACUAUGGCUUUCCGUGCUCUUCAUCUUUCGUGUCCUGGUGUUGGGGACUGCCGUGGAAUCCGCCUGGGGAGAUGAACAGUCUGCCUUCAGCUGCAACACUCAGCAACCAGGUUGUGCGAACGUCUGCUACGACAAAUCCUUCCCCAUCUCCCACAUUCGACUCUGGGUCCUUCAGAUUAUUUUUGUCUCAACACCCACUCUGGUGUACCUAAUCCAUGUCUUUAUCGUCUCUCAUAAAGAAAAAAGAUUAUCUAAGAAAGAAAAAUAUUUAAAGAUACUCCAAGAAGAAGGUGAAGAUGUCAGCCUUGCCUUGAAACAAUUAGAACUAAAGAAAAUCAAAUAUGGUGUGGAGGAACAAGGCAAAAUUAAAAUCAAAGGAUCUCUUAUGCAUACUUAUGCAGUCAGUAUUAUCUUUAAAAUAAUUUUUGAAGUGACUUUCAUUUUAAUUCAGUGGUGCAUUUACGGUUUCAGGUUCAUGCUGGAUACAAUUUAUGCUUGUGAGAGGUAUCCAUGCCCACACACAGUAGACUGCUUCCUCUCGCGGCCCACUGAGAAGACUGUCUUUAUCAUAUUCAUGUUGGUGGUAUCCGUUGGUUCAGCUGUGCUGAACCUGGUAGAGCUGUUCUACAUUAUCUUCAAAACAUUAGCAGAUCGCGUUAAGCAAAAUAGCCACUUAUUUCAGGGUUCUCAAAAAAUGGGCGUGAAUCCUCUCAAAGACUCAUCCUCUUCAAAGUAUGCCUAUUAUAACGGGUGCUCCCCACCAACUGCUCCCAUGUCCCCUCCUGGAUACAAGCUUGCUACUGGGGACAGGAAUAUGUCCUCCUGCAGAAGCUAUAAUAAGCAAGCUAAUGAACAGAACUGGGCAAAUUACAGCACCGAACAAAACAGGAUUGGUCAGGCUGGUAGCACCAUUUCCAACUCCCAUGCACAGGCAUUUGAUUAUCAUGGUGAACAUCCAACCAUACAAAAGUCACCAUCAAUAACAGAGUUGCAGCCUGUUGGUCUCAGGGAGCAGAGACCACCUAGUAGAACCAGCAGCCGAGGGAGUAGCAGGCCAAGACCAGAUGACCUUGAGGUCUAGCCUGGUCUAAAACUUAAGACAUUGCCUCAUUUCUACAGUUAUGAAUAGAUACAUUAUUUUUCUGGAAGUGCACUCCAGAUGUUGGUACCAAGUAGUUAUGCAUUAUGCUCAAUUUCAACUAAUAAUUCAGUGGCUCACCUUUUAUAGAAAACCAUGCAAAGGCUCUUCUUUUUGAGGAUAUGCACUCCAGUAAAAUAAUUCAUGAAAAAUCCAGCUGAAAAAUUUAUGAAUCCUUACUGUAACAAAGUUUUGCUGAUCUUAUACAUUUUUAACCACAUUCUUGCAUUUUGCCAAAAUAUUCCUUCUAAUCUCCAUUUUCAUUUGAUAUUUUUAAAUAUUAUCUCAGCCCAGAAAUAACAUUCCAAGAUACCUUCCUACACUUUUUUAUGUUUUUCUCCAUUCAGAACAAAAUAUCUCUGUCACAGUCUUGGUCUAAUACAAUGAGAUCAUUCAGUUCUGGACAUAAAAAUCUGAAACCACAGCAACACUUUUCCUAUUCACAUGUAUCAAACUUCUCAUUCUAUAUCUGCAAUUAUUUAUCUGGUAAAACAGUUUUCAAUGUAUUUGCAUAUAUUUCUUUUCUGUGUGAACAUUUCGUAUUUUACCUAACUUUGUGUCAAAUCACAAAUUUGACUGAACAUUUUUUCCCAUGUUUUCCCAGUUUUGACUUCUUUUGUAAAUAAAAAUGUUUUCAGCUGAAUAAAGUGGAACUUCAUCAAGUAAAAAAAAAACAGUCAAAAUUGUGAAUCAUUUUUAGGGAAUUUUAAGUAAUGUAUGAUCUUUGUACAAUUAGAUCAAAUCAAUAUUUUAUAGUCCUUUAACAAAAUGAUCAGUUAUUUUCUUUAAACAUCUUUAUUUAAAGGAGACCCCAAUGGACAGUAAGUAUAGAGCAUUCUGGAAUAAUGUUGCAUGGUGAUGAUUCUUAAAUAUUGUCAUGAUUUGUCGCAUUUGUCUGAGAAUGCACCCUAUCUGAUGUGUAUGUGUUCGUUUAAAUAUCUGUGUAAAUAUGGGAAAUCAAAUUCCAUUGUUCAAUCAUAUGAUAUGAAUAAUUUUAUAUCCGGGUAGGAUACUGUUUUUUUUUGAGAAAGGUAAGAAUGAUUGCUAAUUUGUGCUAAGCCGUAGUAAAAUUAUCCUUGGUAUGAAUGAGAUUUUUUUUAAAAAUGCUGUGAUAGAGAUUGUAGUACUAUUUAGUACUUUUUGAGGUGAAGUUAUCAGUAUUAUGAAACCUAUAGUAAAUGUGCUUUGUGCUGGACUAAUAUUUAGUCAACAAAUAAUAAAGGUAUUCGCCAAUAUAGCGCCACAAAAAUCAGCAUUCACCAAACCAUAUUAUUCUGAUCUUGUAAAUAGCUUAUCACUAUAUCACAUAAGAAGUUCUAAAACUAUGGUUUUAAGGUUUGACUUGGUCAUCAUGAAUUCAAGUUUUGUUUAUUACUUUAGCUAUAAUGGCGUUUGCACUGAAACUUUAUAUUUGCUUAGAAUGCACAAUGACGCUGAAGAGGGUUACAAGUUGUCAAAUAGUGUGCAUGUAACUAUUUAUUUGGUGCAGAAGAUUUAUGUGUCUUUCCAAUAACUGAACCAAAUUACUUCAGAGUUCAAAAGUUAACCAUUUUAAGUUGCAUUUAUUUUGUAAAGGCAAAAGCCUUUGUAAAGCCUUCAAGUUUUGAAUAAAGAAGUGAGAAAGCUCACUAAUUUGUGCUCAGAAUACCAGAGUGUGAAGUUGUUGCCUGACACCUCUUUUGGCUGUUAGGUGCAUCUCAGCAGUGCAAUCUUUAAGAGUCACCUGUGCUACUAGUAAGGAUUUCUCGGUGGUUUAAAAAUAAACUUGAUGUUUAUCCAUAAAGAAAGGCGCAUGAAACAGUGAUGUUCUCUUUCACCAGAACUGUUUAUUGUAAAGUGCUAGUCAGUGUUUUCUAAUUUCUUGUUUAACAUUCCAUGUUAAAUCACUGACAAGCAACCCCUCUUGUACUGAGACUCAUACAAUUGUUGUUACCAUGCAUGUGAGCAAUCUGCUGUUCAUUAAAACCUGAUAACUUAAAACAAUAAAGCAACAUUUUCGUAAA